AUGUCGUUUCCAGAUCAAAUGACCUAUGGGAAAAUGUUCAAAUAUAAUGUAUUACGAAAUGAAAAUAUAACACUUGCCCAGGGUGAAGAUGCGAUAGAAUAUACUUAUAUCAAGUUUGACGGAACACUGUUCUGGAACUCAAUGACAAUAUUUCAACGUGAGUUCCCUGGGCGUCAGAGUAGUUUAAAUUACAUGCUUGAUACUCUAGAAAUCCCUUCCAAGAUCAGGUUGAGUUACAGACGUAUAGAUGAGAUUGUACUGCUUGCUAUUGAAACAGCCAAGAUUCAAAAUGAAAUAACAAAAUUAAAUGUUGAUUCGAUGGAUUAUCAUAACAAGAUCGAAGAACUCAAUUUGAGACAAGGUAAAGUUAUCAACGAUUUACAUAGAGAAAAGGAGGUUGAAAAACUUUAUGCGAUGAUUUAUAACUGUGAAUACGCGCAACCAUUCCGUGGUGGUAAAACAAGCAUGCUGAAUUGUCUUAUAGCUAAGGAGUAUAAUAAGGAAUAUAAUGACAAACUGGUAUCAUACGGCAUCAAAGAUAAGAAGAAAUUUCAAGGUGCGGAGGUAAUCGACCCAGAGUCCGGGUAUUACAUGGAUCCUAUUUAUGUACUUGAUUUUGCAAGUUUGUACCCGUCGAUAAUGCGUGAAUACAAUAUGGGACCCGAUACGCUUAGAUAUGAAAAGCCCAAUGAGAAACAUCGAGUGGUACAUCUCAUAGACAAUAACGUAGGAACAAAUCAGGAUAUAUACUUUAUCCAUGAGGAUACCCAAGAAAGCAUUAUACGAAACAUUCUCACGGAUCUGAUAAAAAAGAGAAAAGAAGCCAAAAAAGAGCAUGACAAGUAUAUUGGGAUUAAUGAUAUGAUGUAUAAUAUACUAGAUCAGAAGCAACUUGCAUAUAAAGCAUCGGCAAAUGCAUUAUACGGAGGCCUAGGUUCACCAUAUCUCGGUAUUGCUAUACCAGUGAUAUCACAGUGUGUGAUCUUUGUUGCUCAGGAACUGAUAAAAACUUUAAAAAAAUUUAUAGAAUCGUAUCACACCAGGGAAUAUAGAGAUGACCAUAACGUGAUCUGUGAUGAAACCAGUGAGGUAAUCUAUGGAAACACAGAUUCUUGCCUAGCACGAUUACCAAAGCAUAUCUUAUGUUGUAUACUUGAAAAGUACUAUGGCCAUUUAAAAUACAUCGAGUUAAAUAAUGGUUUGGUAAAGAAAUAUAAAGAACUUAUAUUCAAGAUGUACGAUGAGCUUACCAAAGAGGGAAGCAUAUUUGGUAAAAAAGUAUGUGAUGCAUUCAACGUGUUUAACCGUGAUCGUGGAAUUAAAAUAGUUAUAUUGGAAUAUGAAAAACUUUUAUUUGAUUUGACGCUAAAUAACAAGAAACGCUAUGCGG